UUAAAUAGUGUUUAGAGUGGCAAUUACAAAAAGGAGCAAGUAAUACAGAGAUAAAUAGUAGUAGAUUCCUCUUUUUCUUUCUUUUUAAUCCUCUCUCUAUACUCACACCAUUGGAAGCCAUGGGUAUCUGGGAAGCUUUUCUCAAUUGGCUUCGAAGCCUCUUUUUCAAGCAGGAAAUGGAGCUUUCUUUGAUAGGACUUCAGAAUGCAGGAAAGACUUCUCUUGUUAAUGUUGUGGCAACUGGUGGAUAUAGUGAAGAUAUGAUUCCUACGGUUGGUUUCAACAUGAAGAAGGUAACUAAAGGGAAUGUGACAAUCAAGUUGUGGGAUCUUGGAGGUCAACCAAGGUUUCGCAGUAUGUGGGAGAGAUAUUGUCGUGCUGUCUCUGCUAUAGUUUACGUUGUUGAUGCUGCUGACCAUGAUAACAUAAGCAUCUCGAGAAGUGAACUACAUGAUCUGCUGAGCAAACCCUCGCUGAAUGGCAUCCCACUAUUGGUGCUGGGAAACAAAAUAGACAAGGCUGGAGCUCUUUCUAAAGAAGCUCUCACUGAUCAAAUGGACCUCAAGUCAAUCACUGAUCGAGAGGUAUGCUGCUUUAUGAUCUCAUGCAAGAAUUCUACAAACAUCGAUUCAGUUAUUGACUGGCUUGUGAAGCACUCUAAAUCAAAGAGCUAAAUACAAGGCUUAUCAGUUAUCUUCCCCGCCACCCCACCCUCAAGAUUCUUGUGUUCAUGUUCGGCAUGAAAAUUCUAUUUAUCAGUAAACUCAUUAAACUUUGGCAUGGCUGUGUUAAUAUCCUUACAUAGAGCAUAUUACAUUUUACAAUGUUGUAAAUUAGAGUUUAUUUAUGAA